AUGAAAUAUGAUAUUCAUGAUUUACAAGUUCAUUUAGCACGAUAUAAAGUAGAAAUAAUACAAUCUAUUACAAAUAUUGAAAAUGAAUCUGCAACAAAAAUAAUGUUUCUACGUCAAAUACGUAAACAUUUAGAACGUGAAUUAAUAGAAGAAAAUGAAUCAUUACGUAAUGAAUUAUUUCAUCGUACAGAUAUAAAUGAAGUUAUGUUAGAACGUGGAAAACAAUGUGAAGAAGUUUUAAUAUAA